GUUCUCGCCAUUCCAAUAGACUAUUUGAUCAUUUAAUGAAGAGAAAAUACUACAUAUCUCAUGCACGACCUGUAAUAAGUCGUGAUCACUCAGUUCUGCUUUUCAUGAAUCUCAGUCUUAUUCAAAUAGUUGACGUUGAUGAAAAAAAUCAAUUUAUUACUCUAAGUGGCUGGGUCAAUCAGGAAUGGUCAGAUCCUUCAUUUAUUUGGGAUCCCAAACAGUAUGGAAAUGUAACAGAAUUAUACAUUCCUUCGAGGGAUAUAUGGACACCUGAUCUUGUACUAUAUAACAAUUCGUUUUGGAUAUACUAA